AACGCCCAUUCCAAAAAAUACGCAUCCUGUUUGAAGAGGGUGUAGUAAAAAAUGGCGGACCUUUUCUUCACGUGAGCUUUGAGCCAUAUCUCGUGUAACUCUUCUCCAAGUACAUCCGUGGCGGCAAAUCACAGAACCUUUUAAACAAACCUCACCUUCUGGGCUAGGACUACUUGCAAAAACUAGAGCAGAGCUGAGAAAAAGCUUAAAUACUGGUGACCCGCCCACCCCUUGUUGCGUUUGAAAGAAAGAGAAAGAUGGAGUUAUCCACUCGGGCUGGAGAUGAUGGGGUAGACCAGAGCGUGGUUGAGACUGUAGAGGUGGUGGCUGGCUCUAGUGGGACAGGAGGGGCUGGCGGAGGGGAACAAAGGGUCCUGAGUCCAGGAGGAACUGAAACCACUUUAAGGAUAAUCAGUCCGCAACUCUCCAUUCCAUCUUCUGGGAUCAUUGAGAUUGAUCCUCAGGCACUUAGUUCUCUUGUUACUCCCAAUUUUGACGUUUCCACGGUGACCUCGCUCUCCCUAGCAACGAACCCGGCAACCACCCUCUCUGGUUCCGGACUACAAGAGAGUCUUGAUAGCAGAGUAAAGAGAACACAUGAUGAAAUGAUAAGAGAUACUCCCACUGCAGGAACAACUCCUGAUGUACCCAGGAAGAAAUCUAGAUAUUACCUUGACUCUCACAAGUCCAUUGAGAAGAAGAGGCGUGACAGGAUUAAUAAUGGACUACAGACUCUUAAAGAUAUUGUACCAAACUGCAGGCAAUACUCAUCACAAGGUAGUAAGAAGUUAGACAAAGCUGAGGUCCUAGAGAUGACGAUUGAUUACAUUCAAAGACUUCAACAAAACCAACCAAGCAACACAGUAGAUAUUGAGGCGUCACAGAGAGAGCUUAUAAAUGAUUUGAUGUCCUGGAUAUUUCAAAAUAAAUUGUUAUACACCGGACCCAAUGGAGUAGAGCAGUUCUCUAAUGCUUUACUCCUUCACCUUCAAAGCUUGAGCUCUUCACCAACUGUCAGCACUGCUACUGGUCUCAUGUAUAACCAGUAUUCUGAUGGAGGAGGUAGAUCAGCAUCAGAAGAUGAGCAGCAUUCCUUAGCUAACACUAACAAUGUUCUCCUUCAGCAGCUAGCCAGUGCUACUGGGAAUACCUCAGAAACUGCCGAAGAAAGUAACGAAGAACUCUCCGAGAAAGAAACCAACGAGACUCAAGGAGCCACGCCCUCUACUGCUGGACAAGGAGGCGUGUCUGGUAGCGUGAGUCAACAGCAGAACCAGCUGGCACAGUUACAAGCGUUACUGUUGUUACAGCAACAACACCAGCAGCUGUAUCAGGGGGGCGGGGCAGGGGGUGGGGCUACUGGCGGAGGAGCAGAGGGGACAGGGGGAGCUGGUAGUGCUAAUGUCGACACACAACAAAUUCAGCAGUUACAACAGCUUCACCAAUUGCAGACUCUCCUACUUCAACACCUCACGACUGAGAAACAGCCGACGCCUUUACAGGAAGUGGGCGGGGACGGGAGCAUCAACGUAACACCCUCACAGUCUGUAAUGGUCAGUACUGGCGGUAUAGACAGCACUCAUGAUUCUGUUGGUCUAUCUCUAACAAGUGAACUAGGAUCCACCACUGCUGUGUACGCCACUGAUGAGUCUCUGGUAGUGGGCGGAGCUUCAAAUGAAGGGUCUUCACAGAUGUGGUCUCAGACCAGUAACACUGUACAUCAUGAGUCGCCGCUGCUGAUGGAAAAUGAAGGCGGAGUUCAGGAAGAGGUGGAGCUACUUGAACAAGACAAGGCUAAUUUUUAACCCUUUCUGAACACAGAUAGUAUUAUUAAUAGACACACCCAUCCCUUUACAGACUAGAGCUACGCACUCGGAACACUUUUUUAAUAAAAAGCUUUUUAUGAGAUUUAAUUAAUAAAAA